GGAACUUCAACCUCACGAUUUGCGUUCUACAAAUCACAACCACAGCAACUCGAGUCAAAAUGAGUCGCCCAACAGUCACAGUGAUUAGCCCAGAGGGAGGAGCCUCGAAGAACACCCUCCCUAUCCCCAGCGUGUUCAAGAGCCCCAUUCGUCCUGAUAUCGUCCAUGCCGUCCACACCGGUAUGAACAAGAACCGCCGACAGCCCUAUGCCGUCUCCGAGAAGGCAGGUCACCAGACUUCUGCCGAGUCUUGGGGAACAGGCCGUGCUGUUGCCCGUAUCCCGCGUGUCUCUGGAGGAGGAACUCAUCGUGCUGGUCAAGCUGCUUUUGGUAACCAGUGCCGGUCCGGUCGCAUGUUCGCACCAACCAAGGUCUGGCGAAAGUGGCAUCAGAAGAUCAACCUCAGCCAGAAGCGUUUCGCUACCGCCUCCGCCCUCGCCGCUUCCUCCAGCGCUGCCCUCUUGAUGGCGCGUGGUCACAACGUCUCUACUGUUCCGGAAGUGCCCCUAGUUGUGUCUUCGACUGCCUUCGCCGACGGUGCUAUUGCUAAGACCUCUGCUGCCAUCGCCCUCCUGAAAGCUGUCGGAGCUGCUGCCGACAUCGAGAAGGUCAAGAACUCCAAGAAGAUGCGCGCUGGAAAGGGUAAGCUGCGCGGUCGCCGCCACACGCAGCGCCGCGGCCCUCUGGUUGUUUACAACCCUGAUGAGGAUGGAAAGGAGCUUGUUCUUGCUUUCCGCAACAUAUCAGGCGUCGAGACAUCCUCUGUCUACUCCCUCAAUCUCCUUCAGCUUGCUCCUGGAGGUCACCUCGGCCGAUUCAUCGUUUGGACUUCAUCCGCAUUCGCCGCGCUCGAUAAGAUCUAUGGCUCAACAACUGAACCAUCCGCACUGAAGAAGGACUUCCUCCUCCCAUCAGCCAUCAUGAAGCAGCCCGACCUCAGCAAACUCAUUAACUCGUCUGAAGUCCAAAGCAUCCUCCGACCGGUUCGCGGCGGUGCGGUGACGAAGCGUGCUUUCACUCAAAAGAAGAACCCGCUCAAGAACUACCAGGUGCAGCUCCGUCUCAACCCGUAUGCGGCUGCAUUCUCGAAGAACAAGUUGGGUCAGCAGAAGAUCAAGGUUGGGAAGCCGCAGGUGUCAGGUGAGGCGUUCGAGGAGCUCCUACAUGAGAACUAAGGGGCCUGGUCUGGUUUCCAUCUUCUUCACAGUUCUAGGACUUCUAAAGCGAUGGUGGCUUUCCGAAUAGCUGCCGCGGCUUGAAUGUUCAGCGAGAGAAAUUCUCAUUAUACCAUGCAAAUAAGUUCCGAGCCGUUGUGAGGCUAUGAAUACAGUGAAUGGCUUAGUUACCAUGAACUGCAAGGUCGCUCCAAUCGCAUAAAGUCUUUCCCCGAAUUCUCCAUGCAUAUGUCCGUAUUCCAUGGUCCCAUUUAACUCUCCAGCUCGUCAGCCUAUCAUACAA